GAAAUUCGCGCGCUGGAGGACACUUCACCAGUCCACGCUGAGAUGAGAGGGUUUACGCUGAAUAACGUCUGCCAGUGCGGCUUAUUUACAUAUCUUGUCUUAUUUUCUUUCAUGUCUUUCACCGCUGCAGUUAGUUUCGACCUAACUGAGCUUAGGAAUAAAGUUGCAAAAAUCAAAGUGAAUCCAAGAGGCAAUCUUUGGGCUACAGGACAUUUCAUGGGCAAGAAGAGUGUGGUGGAUACCCCUCUUUUGCCUUCAAAUGAGGACCGGGGUGCCGAUGGGCUGGAAGUCACCCUUCCUGCAGAGCAGAGUGCGCUCGGGGAGCUUUUCCAAGAGUUUCUGCGGGUGGCGUUGCAGGCGCAGAUGGAUACACAAGAAAAUCGCUCCAAAAAUCAGGAGGCGGACUUGUUGAUGAAGAUUUUAGAAAACUACAUCCAAAGCAGAAAGUGAUGUAGAGGAUACAAACCUGACACGCAUUAAUACGGAUCGAAGGUGACCUGGGCUCACGAGUUAAAAUAAAUAAGAAUCGUGUACAGUCUCAUACUCAUCAUGAUUGUAAUUUACUGUAACUGUCUUGCUCAUUUGCAACACAGUUUUUUCCAGUUAUUUUAA